UUGCAGGUGAAGAGGAAGCUGAACUUGGAGACGGAUCACCAGUACAUAGCAGAGAGCCUGCCGGUGGGCCGGGGCAAGGCCAGGAACGCCGCUAAAGGGGCAAAGUCUCCAGGGGAGAAGUCCCGCUAUGAAACCUCGCUGAACCUCACCACCAAGCGCUUCCUGGAACUGCUGAGCCAGUCACCUGAUGGUGUGGUGGACCUCAACUGGGCAGCGGAGGUCCUGAAGGUGCAGAAGAGACGCAUCUACGACAUCACCAAUGUCUUAGAGGGCAUCCAGCUCAUCACCAAGAAGUCCAAGAACAACAUCCAGUGGCUGGGCAGCCAGGCCACCGUGGGGGCCCCCAGCCGACACCGACUGCUGGAGAAGGAUCUGCGGGAGCUGCAGGCAGCCGAGCGGCAGCUGGAUGACCUCAUCCAGACGUGCACGGUGCAGCUGCGCCUGCUCACCGAGGACCCCGCCAACCAGCACGCAGCCUAUGUGACCUGCCAGGAUCUCCGCAGCAUUGUGGACCCUGCAGAGCAAAUGGUGAUGGUUAUUAAAGCCCCCCCAGAGACCCAGUUGCAGGUCUCGGACCCAUCGGAGGCUUUCCAGGUCUCUGUGCGAAGCACUCAGGGCCCCAUCGAUGUCUUCCUCUGCCCCGAGGACAGCUCAGGGGUCUGUAGCCCUGUCAAAAGCCCCUUCAAAGCCCCAGCAGAGGAGUCGUCUCCCAGCUGUUCGCAGCCCAGAGCCUCCCCACUCCUUCAUCCCACCCAGGACGUGCCACUGCUGCCCGGAGAGCAAGAAACGCUGAUGCCAGGGACGAGCAGCAAGUGCGCAGCAGAGGACGUGAGCCUCUCACCACUGGCCUCCAUGGAUGACCUUCUGGAGCAGAGCAGGGAGGAUUUUUCGGGUUUCUUGGCGGAUGAGUUCAUCAACCUGUCGCCACCGCAGGCGCAGGACUACCACUUUGGCCUGGAGGAGGGUGAGGGCAUCAGUGAGCUCUUUGACUGUGACUUUGGGGACUUCACACCCUUGGACUUUUGA